AUGAAGCAGCGUUUCUCGUCAUUGGACGUGCAGGUGAUCACCCAGGAACUGGCCGCCGAGCUGGUCAGCCUGCGCGUGUCCAACAUCUACGAUCUGUCAUCGCGCAUCUUCCUUUUCAAACUCGCAAAACCCGACCACCGCCGACAGCUGAUAGUCGACUCCGGCUUCCGCACCCAUGUCACGCAGUACUCCCGCACCGCCGCGACCGCCCCCUCGCUCUUCGUGACCCGCAUGCGCAAGUUCCUCAAGUCUCGCCGGAUCACAGGCAUCGCGCAGAUUGGAACAGACCGGAUCAUCGAUUUCUCCUUCAGCGAUGGCGCAUACCACAUGUUCCUCGAAUUCUUCGCCGGCGGGAAUAUCAUUCUCACGGACCGGGAAUACACAAUCCUUGCCUUGUUCCGCCAGGUGCCCGCGGGAGAGGGCCAGGAGGAGACCAAGGUUGGGCUGCAAUACACGGUGACCAAUAAGCAGAACUACGGCGGGGUUCCCGAGAUCACUCGCGAGCGGGUGAAGGACACGCUGAACAAGGCGCUGGAACUCUUCGCCCAAGAGGGCAACGCCCCUAAAAAGUCGAAGAAGAAGGCAACAGAGGUGCUGAGAAGAGCAUUGUCGCAAGGUUUCCCGGAAUACCCUCCACUGCUCUUGGAUCAUGCCUUUGCUGUGAAGGAGUUCGAUCCAGCUACCCCGCUGGACCGGGUGCUUGAGGAUGAAGGUCUACUUCGCGGACUAGAAGGAGUCUUGGAAGAAGCGCAGCGCGUCUCUGAGAGCUUCAAUGUCGGCGACAGUCAUCCCGGCUAUAUUGUUGCCAAGGAAGACUCUCGACCCCGUGCAGAGGGAGAGAGCACGUCGCAAACCCCGGGCCUUCUCUAUGAAGACUUCCAUCCCUUCAAGCCGCGGCAGUUCGAACGAAACCCGGACAUUACGAUAUUGGAAUUUGAGCGUUUCAACGCGACCGUCGACGAGUACUUUUCGUCGAUAGAAUCCCAACGGCUAGAGUCGAGACUGACCGAGAAAGAAGAGGCAGCGAAGCGAAAGCUGGAGUCCGUGCGGAAGGAACAUGAAAAGCGGAUCGAUGCGUUGAAAGAUGCUCAGGAGCUCCAUAUUCGCAAGGCGGACGCGAUCCAAGACAAUGUCUAUCGCGUCCAAGAAGCGAUGGACGCUGUCAACGGUCUGAUCGCACAGGGCAUGGAUUGGGGUGAGAUUGCCCGCCUGAUUGAAAUGGAGCAGGGACGAGGCAAUCCAGUUGCACAGAGCAUCAAGCUGCCUCUCAAGCUGUACGAAAACACCGUCACGUUGCUCCUCGGCGAGGUGGGCCAGGAGGAAGAUGAAGAUGACGACGAGCUUGCCUCGAGCGAUGAGUCCGAGUCUGAAUCCGAUGACGAUGAAAGAGAAGAGCAGAGGCGUGAGACUGAGUCUCGGAUGCUAUCGAUCGACAUCGAUCUCGGACUGACUCCAUGGGCAAAUGCAACGCAGUACUACGAGCAGAAGAAGGUGGCCUCGCAAAAGCAGCAGAGGACGGCACAGUCGUCCCAGAAGGCACUCAAGAGUCACGAGAAGAAGGUAACGACGGAUCUCAAGCGGAGCCUGAAGCAGGAGAAACAGGUUCUGCGCCAGGCCAGGACGCCGUUUUGGUUUGAGAAAUUUAUCUUCUUCAUUUCUUCGGAAGGCUAUUUGAUUCUGGGGUUCGUCUAUCUAAACAUUCUGAUUGUGACAUCUGCUAAUUUCUACAGGGGCCGAGACGCCAUGCAGAGUGAGCUGUUGUAUCGGCGCUACUUGAACAAAGGCGACAUUUUUGUGCACGCAGACCUAGCAGGAGCGACCUCUAUGGUUGUCAAGAACAGAUCCCAGAAUGUGGAUGCGCCAAUCCCUCCUAGCACUCUGUCUCAAGCGGGCAAUCUGUGCGUCGCCACCUCGACAGCAUGGGAUUCCAAGGCCGUGAUGUCUGCUUGGUGGGCAUAUGCCCAUCAAGUGUCCAAGACGGCAGCAGCAGGUGGCGGAAUCUUGCCGACAGGCGAAUUCCAGAUCAAGGGCGAGAAGAACUUCUUGGCGCCUUCGCAACUGGUCCUUGGGUUUGCAGUCAUGUUCCAGAUCAGCAAGGAAAGCCUUCGGAAUCAUAAGACACAGCAAUUCGAAACACCUGAUGUCGCAGAGGCGGCAUAUGUGGCUGCGAAAACCAACGAACCUUCGCCUCCCGGACAAGAACCCUCGAAGGAGAUAAACGCUGCAGCCGAUGUGAAUGGACAUGAACAGGAUGAAGAGUACGCGUCCGGCGAAGGCGAAGAUGACGGAAGUGAACAGGCUCGAAAUCCCCUGCAGCGAGGUGAUUCUGAAGUUCUGUCCGCUCCUCGGGAAUCUGAAUCCGAAUCUGAUGAUGAGAGUGGAAAAAAUGAAGAUCAAGAACUGGAUGAGCAGCAAGAGGAAAGAGUCGACCGAGAAGAUGCUGAGGAGGAAGAAACCGCCUCGGUGGCUGAACAAGAUGCCGCAUCUCAACCCAGAGAUCUGAAGGAUCUUUCUGCACGCGAUAGACGCUCUGUACGACAGGGCAAGUCUGUUGACCCACAACCGCCACCACCUCCCCGGACAGCUCCCACCCGAGGCAAGCGAGCGAAGGAGAAGCGCGCUGCUGCCAAGUACGCACACCAAGACGACGAAGAACGUGAUCUGGCACUCCGACUUCUCGGCACGAACAAGGGUAAAGCUGCAAAGGCGGCCCAGGCAGCCGAAGCCAAAGCCCAGCGGGAACGAGAAGUCGAAGCACAGAGACAACGACGUCGGGCCCAGCAUGAGCGUGCUGCGGAAGCCGAGAAAAAGCGUCAGGCUCUCUUUGCUGAGGGAGGCGCGGACGACUACGACGAAGAGACCGCCGCGGCCGAAGCUGCAGAUCUAUCUUGGAUCCCAGCUCUGAUCGGAACACCUACUCCGGACGACGAGAUUGUUGCCGCUAUUCCAGUUUGUGCACCAUGGGCUGCUCUAGGGCGGUACAAGUACAAGGUGAAGCUACAACCUGGCACAGUGAAGAAGGGAAAGGCCGUCAAAGAGAUUAUCGGCCGGUGGGUAUCAGAAACAACCGCUGGCAAAGUCAAGAAGGAGCACGCUGAGGAUGCCGGUGUUCCUCGUGCGGACGCAGAGCGGUUGCGGGCGCGCGAGGGUGAGUUGAUCAAGGGCUGGAAGGACACGGAGGUCAUUAAUACCAUGCCCGUGGGCAAAGUGCGGAUUAUGACACCUGGCGGUGCAGGAGCUGGGGGCGGAGGUGAUAAAGGUAAAGCCAAGGGAGGCGGCAAAGGUGGCGGUGCCAAGGGAGGGAAAGGUGGGAAGAAGAAGUAG